AUGGAAAUAAUAGUAUUAAAAGAAGUAAUAACAACAGUUGAUUUUGCAGCUAAAAAGCAUAGAGAUCAAAGAAGAAAAGAUAAACAUUCAUCACCAUACAUUAAUCAUCCGAUUGGAGUAGCACUCAAUGUCAUCAACGUAGGUCAAUACUAUGAUGUUGCAACAGUGCAAGCAGCUUUGCUUCACGAUACAGUUGAAGAUACUGAUUGCACCGAAGAAGAGAUUCGUAAAGAGUUUGGUAGUGAAGUGGCAUCGAUCGUAAUGGAUGUUACAGACGACAAGUCACUCUCAAAGGUUGACAGAAAGAAAUUCCAAGUAUCUCAUGCUCCCCACAUUCAAGACAAAUCAAAGAUUGUAAAGAUGGCCGAUAAACUAUACAAUCUAUCGGAUAUCAUCAAAAAUGCUCCACCAUCAUGGUCACUCUUAACUAUUCAAGGUUACUUUGUUUGGGGUAAGAAAGUUUGUGAUGGUCUAAGAGGUGUCAAUGCUAGCCUCGAAGAAGCUCUCGAUCAACUAUUCCAAUCAAAUGUCAUUUUCAAAGGUGAAGAAUAUCCAGUUGUACCUUGUAAAACUAUUGAAGAAGAAGAUCAAUUACUUGAAACUUAUUAUCAAAAUUUAAGAUAA